UGUUGAGCCGUGGACAUCUACACUAUCUGUGGUUCAGACACUGGAUUAGAGAAACGCGUUAAAAAUGGAAGUGGUACAGACUGGAGAUUCAAUUUUAGAUGAGCUAGUACGAAAGUGGCUGUCUUGGGACAAGGUGUAAAACACCUUAGGUACAGAUCGAUUAAGCAAACCAACUAUAAAGUGAUGCCGGUGUCUGAUUUAAGUCAACGCUUCGACAGUAUACGCCUCAAAUGAACAUUGCUUCUGCUUGUAGAAUGAAAAUACACGUAAAGAAAUUACAGACCUCGCAAGGCAAAAAAAUGUCAAGGAACUGCAAAAAAGACUUGGGGAGAGAAUGGAGUUUGGAACAGCAGGUCUUCGUGCUAGGAUGGGUGCUGGCAAUUCUAUGAUGAAUGACCUUACCAUUAUCCAGACAGCACAGGGAUUGGCAAAGUAUGUCUUGAAAGCAGAACCAGAUGUUGUGAAAAAGGGAAUUGUGCUGGGUUAUGAUGGUCGUCACAACAGUGACAAAUGGGCUUUGAUCUCAGCUGCUGUGUAUAUAAAUGAGGGGAUCCCUGUUUAUCUCUUCUCUAAAAUGUGCCCCACCCCAUAUGUGCCUUUUGCUAUUCUCCACUUUGGAGCAACAUGCGGAGUAAUGGUGACUGCUAGCCACAAUCCCAAGGAUGACAAUGGCUAUAAGGUUUACUGGGAGAACGGAGCACAGAUUGUUUCACCAAUUGACAAAGGAAUCUCCAAGGCUAUAGAGGACAACCUGGAACCGCUUGAGUCUUCUUGGGAUACAUCAAGAGUCAAAUCCAGUGCAUUGUGUAAAGAUCCAUAUCAAGAAGCCUUGAAAGCCUACAAUGCUGGUUUAAGUUCUCUCUGCUUUCACAAAGAUCAAAAUGCCAACAGCAAACUUCGCAUUGUGUACACAGCCAUGCAUGGUGUAGGAUUUCCAUAUGCCUUGCAAGCUUUCAAGGCUUUUAAUCUAGCUGAGCCAAUUCCAGUAACAGAACAGGUUGACCCUGAUCCUGAGUUUCCAACUGUGAAGUAUCCAAAUCCAGAAGAAGGCAAAGGAGCUUUAACACUUGCAAUGCAGACAGCUGAUGCAGCUAACAGUCCCUUUAUCAUUGCUAAUGAUCCUGAUGCUGAUCGUAUGGCCAUAGCAGAGAAGCUUCCCAAUGGUGGAUGGAAAAUUUUUACUGGGAAUGAGAUUGGAGCCCUUCUAGGCUACUGGCUAUGGAUUUCAUAUCAAAAUCAAGCAAAGAAAGCUCCAGAUUUUUCUGAGGCAGCAUCUGAUGUAUACAUGUUGGCCAGCACGGUAUCUUCAAAAAUCUUGCAUUCCAUGGCUAAAAAAGAAGGCUUCAGAUUUGAGGAAACAUUAACAGGUUUUAAAUGGAUGGGCAACAGGAGUGAUGAAUUGAUAAAACAGGGAAAAACUGUUCUCUUUGCCUUUGAAGAAGCAAUAGGCUACAUGUGUGGCACUAUGGUUUUAGACAAAGAUGGUGUGUCUGCAGCAGUAGUGAUGGCAGAAUUUGCAAGUCAUCUGUAUGCCAAGGGAAUGACUGUGGAAAAACAGUUGGAGGCUGUAUAUGGAAAAUAUGGCUAUCAUCUGAGUAGCAACUCCUACUUUAUCUGUCAUGAACCUUCCAUCAUCAGACGCUUGUUUGAAGAACUCAGAAACUACAAAGGUCAAGGAAAGUAUCCUGAUUCAUGUGGGCCAUACAAAAUUGACACUGUGAGAGAUUUAACUGCUGGCUAUGACAGCACCACACCUGAUAACAAACCAGUGUUACCUGUCAGCAAAUCAAGCCAAAUGAUCACUUUUGGCUUUGCCAAUGGCUGUGUGGCCACAUUGCGAACAAGUGGCACAGAACCGAAAAUUAAAUACUACACAGAGCACUGCCCUGAUCCCAGCAAAGGCCUAGACAAAGCUGGAGCUGAGCAAGAACUUCAAGACAUUGUGAAGAACAUCAAAAUACACUUCUUUCAGCCAGAGAAAUUUGGUCUUAUACCUCGACCUGAUGCUUGAUUUUAUUUUGUAUGGUAUCAGUUGUCACAUUAGCAUGUUAUAUUCAGGUGUAGGCUUUAGAAGAGGACCCUAGCAUAGCAUAAAAAUGAAACAGUGAGCUUGUGUCACUGUUAAAGAUAAAUAUAUAUGGAGAUUUAAAAUUAAUAGUAUUCAAGGAGGCAAUGAAAGAGAAGAAAGUGAAGUAAUACUUAACCCAUACUCUCCCAAGAAAUUGCUGUCUCCCAAGAAAUAUCCUUGCUGUCUUCAUCAAAUAAUUGUCCUUUCCCUGAAGGAAGGAUAUACACAGUUAUCUGAAGUAGCUUUCUUUUUCAAGUUGACAGAAUGUCACGGACUCUCCCAACAACAUCUGGAAGAAAAGUCUACAGUUAAGCAUUAUAUUGCUGUUAUUUGUUUUGUACUGUGUGUAUGUGUCAUGUGAGUAUAGAUUUAUACUUGAAUCAACAUCAUUCAACAACAUGCAUAUUCACACAAAUUUGUACCUUCAUAAUUCAUCACAAAUAGCAACAAAUUUCAGGUUUAAUAAAUUUAUGUUCUUUUAGAAAAUUGGUAAUCUUAGAAGUGUAUGUCGCCCAGAAAAAUGGAGUUGACAGUUGUUAAAUACUGAAUGUAAAACUAAUCGUCUUUUUACUUCUCUUACAACUUCAAAUGAAUCAAUGCACACAUGAGUUGUGCAUAGAAAAUGGGUUAAGUGUGAAAGAUUAUUUAUCAAUGGAAUUUACAUUAUUCAACAUUUGUAUUAGCUCUGAAGUAUGGAUAUUGUUUUUGUUUCCAUGUCUAUGUGCGCCAAAUGGGUCUUUAAAAACACAUUUUUAUUUUAUGUCCAGACUGGAAUGAUGAUAUUUUAAAGCUAUGUCCUAAAACAUACAUGAUGAUGUUUCUAACUUUUUUAUUUUGAAGUGAUUGUGUUUCCUUCACUAUUAUAGUCUUACUUUUAAUUGAAAAUCAUGGAAAAUGAUAAUUAUUAUUAUACUUUCCAAGGUAAUUUUGCACCAGCAGCAAAAUUAUGCAUUAUGAUCUCAUAAAUUUGUAUAAAUCUUAGAUUUUAAAUUGGUCCGUUAGCUUCAUUGUUAGCUAUGGUUAAUGAAACAGUCACUUUGCAAACUUCAUUUUCUAAAUAUUGACUUGGCUAAGUUUGUCGUUUUAGGAUAUAGAGAAAAAAUAUGGUGCAAUAGUUUAAACCACUGUAGAGUAAGAUAUGUUUCAUAUAAUAUUUUACUUAAAUUUCUUGUUUAUGAUAAUUGGCUGCAGUUGUGUGUCCCGGGCUAUUUAAGGAGAGUGUUUCAAACUUUAGCAUUGUAGCGUUAAUAUGCAUUUAAGCUUAAGCAUGACAAUUUUUCAGUUUAUUUUUAAAUAAAGAUUCCUAAAACUUGAUGAAGAGUAAAUGUGCACAAUCCAUAAUAAAAUAAUUCACAUCAAUUUUAAAACUUCAUUUAUUUUUGUUACUCUGUAUGAAGAUGAAAAUUUGUUUGGAAACUAGUCAUUGUCAGAUCAGGAGUUUUGUUAAUCCAAUAGUGCAUUAAAAAUAAGCUGUCUCUUUGAAAUAGUCUCAUGAAUGUAAUCAUUACCUAUAUGUAUAUAUUCAAGUUUAUUUUUGCUAAAAGGAAAACUUACGUGUGUGCAUGCAUCAUUUCAAGCUUUAAUUUAUAUAAAUAUUCUUUCGAGUAUUUUUUUAUUUUUGUUUUUUGGGGGGUUUUUUGGUGCUUUUUUAUAUUUUUUUACGUUUUUAUUUCGUAAGGUGGGCUGCAUAGUCUGGUUAUGCUGCCAAUUUUAGAGCAGGUCACUAGUUUGAAGCCUAUUCUGCUAUCCAUAAAAGUUUCCCCUCCCACUCAGAAGUAAUGUCAUGAUCAUAAAUUGCUUUUUAUGUAUAAUCAAACCAAUCAUAAAAAAGUGGACGGCAAAAUGACUCUGAACUUGGUUUAUGAUGUUAACUGUAUUCUCUAGUAACAAUUAUUCAGAGUGCAAUGGGAUUGGGGCUAUUUUCCUUUCCAUGUUGAUAGAAAACUAGUAGUACUUUGGCCAUGAGAGAAUGAACUAUGAUUUCCAAAUUAAUAAUAGAUGAUCCAAUCAGGGCACCUUUUUCCUCCCUGUGUUUUGUUCUGUAAAUUGACAAGCAUUCAAGUUUGCUUCAUUAGUGAAGGGAGUCUUGAGAUUGUGACUUACAUUUGCAGUUUUAUUUUGUGCUUAAGUAAUCAGAAAAUAAUGGGGGAAAGACAUUAGAUGAUAGUGACUUAAAUUUUUUUUUUAACAGUUUCUAAAUUUAUCAUGAGUUAUUUCUUGAAGGAAUGUAUGGUGUGAAGAUGGGGAGUACUCUGUAUACUUUUUUUUACAUUGCAAAGAGGUCAUAUUUUUAUGUCAAGGUAGCAUGCCAUUUAAUUCAUUCUCAAUACUUAAGUCUGUGUGCUUUUGUAAAUUUUCUCAUCUACAUUGUUAUAAAGCACUGAAGGUACUUUAACUUCUUCCAGUACCAAUGUGUAACUUGAAGCGUACUUCUGCUGUGGUAACUUUAUAUCAUUUUUUGAUAUAAACAUUUAUACAGUUUAUGUUGAAUUCUUACAUGCUAAUACCUCUACUAAGUUAUUUGUAUUAAGUGGAAAUUAUUAAAUAACAUAUAUUUAAUCCAGUUUUCUUAGCUGUUCCUAUUGUUUCUUUCUGCCAAAUGUCUCUGAUGGAAUAAUCAUUUAACAGUUACUUUUGCAACUUACAGAUGCUAAGUAUAUUUUAUUUCCUGUUGCUAUGAAAUAAAGGAUAAUCAUAAUUCCCAAUAUUUUGUGAAAUCGUUAAACAUAAAUUAACUAGCAGUUUUGGGCCAUAACAGUGUCUUUCUGUGUUGAAGCCAGUAGCUAUGAUAAAAUAUACUUAAGAUAUAUCUGAUAGCAGCUAAAUAGGCAUGAUCAUGUUAAACAGGACUUUUAUGGACAUGUUCUAUGUCCAUCAACACAACCAUUCUAAAAAUGUUAUAACACUUAAUCUUAGUUGUGCUAUUACUUGAAUUCUGCUGCACCAGGAAACCUAAUUGUAAAGAAUUCCUUACUGCAACCUAGAGGCUUCUUUAGAAUUUUGUCACAGGCACUUGAAGAAUUUUCUUUUUCUUGAAGCAAGCAUGUAUGCAGUUUUUAUCUAACUUAGGCAAUUUUUUCAAAUUUGUUUUCACCCAGCUUUCUCAGAGUUCCUUUUUUUAAAAAGUAAUUUUGAGUUCACUAUGGAACCGAUGGAUUUUUUUUUUUCCAAUUGUGCAAAUUCCAACCAGUUCUUGUAUGUAAUCUGGUAUUGCUUGUAUGAAAUUUUCGGUGUUCAUAUUUUUCCUCUGUGGAACAUGGCUCAAUUGUAUUUAAAAUGUUAACAUGCUACUUUGUAGCACGACUGUUUUUGUGAGAAACCAAGUUGUUGGAGUAAAUGGAUAUUGUAUACCUUGUUGAAAGUCCCUCUGAGAGAGUAUGUUGUGUGUAAGAGUAUAAGAAUAUACUUGUAAAUGCCCUAAAAUGUACCUUUUAUGAUUUUCUCAUACUUUUGUGAUCAUUCCUGCAGAUGCCAUACACUGGUUAGCGCUUGUCACCAAUACAGUUACUAUAGGCUGUCCUGGGUUCAGAUAUUGUCUCAGGCAUGCUGUUCUUUCUCUGUGGUUUUUGUUUAUAAGACUGGCUUCACUGUCAUGGUAUAGACUUAGUUGCUGGCUCCACAUAAAACACCGAUUCCCGACACCUCACUGCCUUACAUAUUGUUUCGUACUGCUCAUCAUAGCUGAUGCCAUCCAAAUCUUCGCUUAGGCAAACAUAAAUGAUUUAACAUGAAGUUUAGAAAGUAAUGUAAGGGCUGUUUAUACCACUGUGAAUAAAUUAUUUCCAAAAAAGACAUAAAAUUGGACAAAAAGGUGAGUCCAGAUUUAUGCCUUUUACAGAAGUUUGUAGCCUUGUUACUAAUUUUCAGUUUCCAUCAAUAUGAAAACUGGUUACUGUACUAGCUUGGAAAAGAAUACUUCUUAAACAUUAAAGGAUCAUUGUAGUC